AUGGAUGAAGAUGGUUCGGACCCGAUCAAUCAAAGGACAGACUCUAAUUGCCGGCUGCCAAAGCUCAGUGGUGGAGACUGCUUAAACUCAAGUAAGAAAACGGUCCUAACUGAAAAAACUGGUGGCAGCAGUCGGAGGGAGAUGAAGAGCUUCUUCUUGGCUGUACUUUCCAGCAGAUUGUUCAUGGUUUUUGCUACACUAAUUAUUAUGUCGGUCAAUGGCUCGGGAUACAUGUUUGGUCUAUAUUCUAAUGACAUUAAAACAACAUUGGGGUAUGAUCAAACAACCCUCAAUUUGUUAAGUUUCUUCAAGGACUUGGGUGGUAAUCUUGGAAUCCUGUCAGGGCUCAUCUAUGAAGUUGUGCCACCAUGGGUGGUUCUUUCCAUGGGUUCAGUAAUGAAUUUCUUUGGCUAUUUCAUGAUAUGGCUAUUAGUCACAAGCCGCACAGCCAAGCCCAAAGUUUGGCUGAUGUGUUUAUAUAUGUGGAUAGCUGCAAAUUCGCAAUCAUUUCCAAACACUGGUGCACUGGUCACAUGUGUUAAGAACUUUCCUGAAAGCAGAGGCUGUGUCUUGGGCCUCUUGAAGGGGUUUAUUGGUUUAAGUGGUGCAAUCAUGACUCAAUUCCUCUACAUUGCUCUGGGACUUGCUGGAUUUAUCAUGAUCGUGAUUAUCUUGCAAAACAGACUCAGCUUUACCAGAAUUGAGUAUAUUGGAAGUGCUUCUGUUGUUCUUAUUUUACUACUACUCCCACUUGUUAUUGUAAUUAAAGAGGAAUUUAAUGUUUGGGCAAGCAAAACACAAGCCUCAAGUACUCAUUCCCAAUUGAAUGUUGUGAUUGAAAAUCCUCCUGCAGUUCCAGCAAAGCCAGCAGGAGCAAAAAAGGAGGCCUUUAAUUGUAUUAAAAACAUGUUCAAGCCACCCGACAGAGGGGAGGACUACACCAUUCUUCAAGCAAUUUUCAGCAUUGACAUGCUAAUUCUCUUUCUUGCAACAGCUUGUGGCACUGGUGGAGCAUUAACAGUUAUUGACAAUCUGGGUCAACUUGGUAAAUCAUUGGGCUAUCCGACUCAUAGCAUAUCGACAUUUAUAUCACUAGUGAGCAUAUGGAAUUUCCUUGGACGGGUCCUGGCAGGUUAUUUAUCCGAAAUUGUCCUGACAAAGUACAACUUCCCUCGUCCACUGAUGCUCACUUUCGUGAUUCUUUUGUCUUGUGUAGGCCAUCUUUUGAUUGCCUUUGCAGUCCCCAAUUCUCUUUAUUUUGCUUCAGUGAUGACAGGAUUUUGCCUAGGAGCCCAAUUGCCUCUACUGUGUGCUAUUAUAUCUGAACUGUUUGGUCUUAAACACUACUCCACAAUGUACAAUGUUGGGUCAGUUUCAAGCCCAGUCGGAUCGUACAUUUUCAAUGUGAGAGUGGCGGGUCAUCUGUAUGAUAAGGAAGCUGUGAAGCAAAUGGAAGCUUUAGGACGUACUAGGGAACCUGGGCAGGACUUGAACUGCAGUGGGGCAAAAUGUUACAGAUUGGCUUUUCUAAUCAUCACUGCUGCUACCUUGUUCGGGAGUAUUGUUUCAUUGAUUUUGGUGUUUCGGACAAGAACAUUUUACAAAGGUGAUAUCUACAAGAAGUUCAAAGAGGAAGUGGUGGAGUCCCAAGCAGGAGUGGCUCCAACAGGAAAUGGCGGUCUUUCAUUAAGGGAAAUGGAAGACAAUGCAACUGUUGCCGUUCCAGAAAAAACAGCCCUUUCUGAUGGGUAA